AUGUCGGUGAACACUCAUAAAUCGUGGCAUAUCCACAGGGAGGUUAAUAGGGAAAAAGUCCGCCGGUUGCAAGACGAACUUAGUGCAGCAAAAGACAGAUCAGCCAAGGGUCUAGAGGUAAUUUUGAGCGGCGAAUCCGCGACGACUAACGAACUCUUAGAACAAGUAUACAAGCUUGGGGAGCCACCCCUUCCUGAGCCCAUAGCAUCAGCUGAUAUCAGCUCCCCUGUUCCCACCGCAGUUAUUCCUUUAAACGAUGAACUGAGCCGCUUCGACCCGCUUGUCUACCCUAUUGAGCCAGAUAUAUCGACAGAAAAGUUAGCUAUGAGGAAGCCAUACCAAGGCAGCACUGCAAAAGAAGGACUAUCGAGCGUCUCGGAUGGUCAAAGCGUCCCUUCUACCACGGCAGGUGAGUUACUCCAUCAGGAGACGCACAGAAUGCAGGACGACAUCCGUAAGAAGUUUUACGGGUCAGCUCUGCACUCCAACCGCAGCUUUAGGCGACGCCGUGAAGAAGAUCUAAUCCAUUUCAUGCCCCACAACGUGCACGUGGGUAAACACACGGCAGUCAUUCGCAAGGGCUUUGCUAAGGAGACGCGACCAUGGCCCAUGACACGAGUUCCUCCCCGAGGGCAACUGGGAAAGUAA